UGAUGCUGGAGACAGCCUGUCAGCAACAAAGUUCCACACUCUCUCUACCCUCUCUCCUCUCUCUCUCUCUCUCUCUCUCUCUCUCUAGGUUUCAGCUUCAGAGAUCCAGAAUCUCACUUCUCCUGGCAGUUUAGUUGGCUAGCUACUUGGAGACGUAAUAAUAGUCACUUACACUGAAAUGUGGUUUUCUUGCACGACAAGUUAUCAUACAGAGUUCUUGAUUACGGGCCAUUGUAGUUUCAACAAUUGCUAGUUCUUUGUUGUUCGGAAAGACGUCUCUUUUGUAACCGAAAAUUGAAGUUACGGGGGGGCUUUUUUGUAUCAUCCAUGCUGUCGGAUAGCAUGCGUGGAACCUAUUUUUUGGGUAAUGCCCCUGACGAGCGUAGGUGCUGAUGCACUCGGUGUGGUUACAAUUUCUUGUGUUGCUGUUUUAGGUCUUGUUGGUUUACUCUGCAUAGCGUACUCCUUCUAUCUCCGAGACCGCAUUCGUAGUCAAAGUCAAACCCAACUCAGAUACUUUGGUGGCCCGUCAGUUGUUAGAAUAAUCUUCAUCUUUUUCGCAAUCUGGUGGGGUUUUGGGGAGAUUCUACGUCUAGAAUUCUUGAGGCGUGACGGUCGCGUAUUGCAUACCCUUGAUUCAAAAUGGCAGGAAACCGUAUGCAAAUGCUACAUAGUAUCAAACCUAGGAUUUUCAGAACCGUGCCUAUUUGUCACUCUCGUGUUCCUUCUUCGUGCCUCAUUACAGAACACCGACUCGGGCCCGUUAAGCCAGAAAUGGAACUUCAGAACAGUGGGUUACAUUCUUCUGUCUAUUUUACCGCUCUUCGCCCUUCAAAUGACGGUUAUUCUAGUUGGACCAACAUACGAGACGGAUCUUCACUUGAACAAAAACGGCUACCUUUUCAAAAUCAUAACCGAGUACCCGAAUGACGUUGCUCGCUGUUUUUACCCUUUAUUAAGUACCAUAUUUCUCGGUCUUUUUGCCACCAUGCUAACGCUUUAUUUGUUCUGGCUUGGGAGGCGGAUACUAAUUCAGGUCAUCAAUAAGGGUUUGAGAAAACGCGUGUACGCAUUGAUAUUUUGUGUUUCUAGUUUUUUUCCGUUACGGGUUUUGCUACUCGGGGUAUCUGUUAAAUUCAAGCCGGGAGAUGCGGGGUUUGAAGUCGUCGCAUUCUUGGCUUUUCUUUCCCUUUUAUGUUGUGCGGGGGUCGGGAUUUGCAUACUUGUUUACUUUCCAAUUGCAGACUCUUUAGCAUUAAACAAUGUGCAAGAUAUAGAGGCUACACAAAGGAGAAUCGGGGAACAUAACGACACUCUGUCCCUAAUCGCUAACUAUGGCCCGCCUGAUGAUUAUAUCACGAGCCAACAGUCAAACCCGAUAGGGUCAACGCAGCUUCAUAGUUGGUCUUUGAGGCCAGCCUCAUGAACAUGAUGGUGAAUCAACAUAUGCCAACUCAUUUUUGUGGUGGACAGCAGUUUGUAAAGGUCUUAGAUUUAAUAAGAAUUUCUAUUUUUCGGUUAUGUAUCUGCAAUGUCGCCACCACCCGCCUUUGGUUUUUUAACAUGUACAAUCCUGUUAAUGCGUGUGAUGAUGUUUGUUAAUCUGUAACGUCAGUUGCCUGUUUUUAACGUGGCUGAGAUCCGAACCAGUUUUUGGGUUAUUGUUUACGAUGAUGUUUUCACCGCCAA